CUAAGCCAGGUGUGCAACAACUUGUAUAUAUUAAAGCAGGCUUUCUGCUAGGUAGGUUUCUAGGUAGCUGAUUCAACAAAUAGACCAACGGCCUUGUUUUCUUUCCCUGUCAUCUUGAAGCCAUUCUAAAAUGCCUCCCCAAACCCUUGGAGCCUGGAGUAUUGGAAAUGAAUCCACCUCGUGGUUAGAAUGACAAGAAUACCCGGCCAACAGCCCCUAGUCCGCCACGCAGGCCACGAUGGCCUCAAACGGGGCGGCUCGUCACACGCAACGAACUCCGGGCUCUACGGCAGUUCAACCGUCGGCUGGAGGCACACGCUCGGGCGGUACGAGAAGCGGACCGCGAACGAGAGCGGCGAACGCGCAUGCGGCGAAGACACUGGACUCGCCGCCGGCUUCCGACCUGGACUGACGAUGUGAAGCUCACGGUAUUCUAGUCGCCAUGUGACGCCGUAGACCUAGGUUUUCGGCCGAAUGGCCCGGGCCAUUCAAACCACAGGCAUACCACGAUGCGGCUAACGAAGUCAAAGCUCAACACCAACUGGAAAUAACCAAGAACCAGCUAAAAUCGCUGAAAUCCAUCAUGGAGGCUCAGUUCCAGCUGUGGGAAAUGCUUGGCCGGUAUUCCGGGGUCGGCCGAGACGAACUCAUCAAGGUAGGCAUAUUUCCCCUCGUUUUGUCCCAUAGCAAACCCCCUCGGUAGUGCAAAGGAGACAUGAGGCAAUUCCGGGGUGCCACACUUCCAUUCCCGAGCCACAGCGAGAAGUUGUGGGGGGGUGUGCAAACGGAUGUAGGGGCCUCGGCUUCGUUAAGUCACAAGCCUCCAGCCGCCGAAGAAGCGGAGUGCCUCGGAAGACGACGACGACGACGACGACGAC